GACUGUUCAUACAUUGCCUGGGAUAUCGGUGUUCUAUCUUAAAAAUAGUGUCAAUAAUGACAGGGAUGCAUAGUCAUGUAGCAAACAUAUCCUUCUUCUUACAUGGGGAGAAGCUUCUCCUCCAUAAUGACUGUUAAUACAUCUACCUCAUUGUGUUCUCAGUGAUGUAGGACUAUCUGGUGACAUUUUCCCAUAAAAGAUUUGGUUUAUGCUUAGUAGUAAAAAUUCAUCCUUAUCUGCCCACCAUUAAGGAUGGGAUAGGGAUAAAUGCACAGAGGAAUGAUGAGGAUGAACUUUUCUAUCUUCUCAAGGAAAUGUUUGGCUAUAGAGUGAGUGUUCCAUGGAUUAUCCUGUGUGUGAUUGGUUACUUUAUAUCAGGGGGGAUUCUUCUGCUGAUGUUCUAUUGGAAGCCAGAGUGGAGUGUGUGGGCAAACUGUGUCCCAUCUUCAUUGGAAAAAGCCAAUGUGGUUUUACUAAGAUCAACUGAUGAAAGAAAGAAAUACACCAGGAAGAGGGUGCGUUGGAUUACUCUGGAGGCAUUUAAAGACUCUCUUUUGAGUGGAUCACAUUGUCCUGUAAUUGCAGAUGAAGACUCCAUUGUGAAUAGAUCCAUAAGAAGGCCAGAUCUCAAAGUGAAAUUCAUAAGGGUACAGAAAAUCCGAUAUGUCUGGGACAAUUCAAAAAGAAAAUUUGAGAAAAUUGGAACCCUAGAAGAAGAACAUACUUGCCAUAGCAUGCAUUCAAAAUAUGGACUUGGUCUGACCAAAGAGGAACAAGACAUCAGGAGAUUGGUGUGUGGAACUAACACCAUUGAAGUAGAAGUUGCUCCCCUCUGGAAAUUAUUCAUUAAUAAAGUAUUAAAUCUGUUCUACGUGUAUCAGGGUUUCACUGUGGUCUUGUGGCUGGCUGAAGGGUACCUGGGUUAUGCCAUCGCAAUUCUACUUUUAUGUAUCUGUACCAUCACCAUAUCUCUCAUGGAACUCAGACAGCAAUCUACAAAGCUCGACAAUUUGGUCAAAGCUCAUAAUAACAUGAUGGUGACUGUGUGUCCAAGAAACAAAGAUUGCAGCCAGGUUGAGUCUCGACAUUUAGUACCAGGGGAUAUUGUUGUUUUAAAUGGCAAAAACUUUUUCAUGUCAUGUGAUGCAAUUUUGCUGAAUGGAACAUGUAUUGUGAAUGAGGGUAUGCUAACAGGUGAAUGCAUUCCUGUGACUAAAACACAGUUACCACAUGGAGAUGACACAAUGCCUUGGAAACAGUACAGUGGAGAAGAUUAUAAGCGCCAUGUACUAUUCUGUGGAACGGAAGUGAUACGAACUGAAUCCACUGCACAGGGUCCAGCCAAAGCUGUUGUGUUAAGGACUGGCUUCAAUACAACUAAGGGGGACAUGGUGAGGUCCAUAUUGUACCCAAAACCUUUAAACUUCAAACUACACAGAGAUGUUAAAUGGUUUUUCAUAUUUUUGGGAAUUCUUGCCAUUGUUGGCAUUUUAUAUGCUGUGAUCAUAUUUGCACAGAGAAAGAUUUCUGCUUGGAGAAUUAUCGUGGAGUCCCUUGUUCUUUUGACAUCUGCAAUUUGCCCAAUCAUACCAGCUGCUCUGACUGUUGGGAUUCUCUAUGCCCAAAGCAGAUUAAAGAAAAAGAGCAUAUUCUGCAUCAGUCCAGACAGAAUCAACAUGUGCGGCCAGCUCAACCUCUUCUGCUUUGAUAAAACUGGCACUUUAACAGAAGAUGGACUUGAUUUAAUGGGUGUUAUUCAAACAAAUGGAACAUGUUUCCAGGAAAUGCUAAAACACAGCCAGAUGAAUGAGCUAAAAUGGGGGCCCAUGUUUUGUGCUAUGACUAGCUGUCACUCUCUGAUCAUGGUUGAUGGGAACUUACAAGGCGAUCCUUUGGAUCUGAAAAUGUUUGAGGCCACUGGCUGGGUGUUAGAAGAUACCUGUACAGGUAGUAAUGAGGAAGAUUCAACCCAGAACGUUCUUCUCCGACCCGGACCAGAUGCAUGGAUUAAUACAGUGGAAGGGUUAAAAGUUUUGUUCCAGUACCCGUUCUCCUCCGCCAUGCAACGUAUGUCCGUAAUCACAGAGGUCACUGGAGAGGAUGAGUUGCGUGUUUACAUGAAGGGAGCCCCUGAGAUGGUGGCCAGUUUUUGCAGACCAGAAACAGUUCCCAAAGUGUUUUUGGAUGAACUCGAGAUCUACACUUUUCAGGGCUUAAGAGUCAUUGGAGUAGCAUCCAAAAUUCUCCAGAAUGGAAAUCGGGACGAUUUAGAGAGUAUUGAAAGGGAAGACGUUGAGUGUGACAUGGAAUUUCUUGGUUUGCUAAUAUUAGAAAAUCGUCUUAAACCAGAAAGCAAGCCAGUCCUGGAGGAACUGAAUGCAGCCAACAUCAGAACUGUUAUGAUUACAGGUGACAAUAUACAAACAGCAACGACAGUUGCCAAAAACUGUGGUAUGAUUCCUGAGUGCAGCAAAGUGAUUCUGGUGGAAGCUCUUGGACCCAAUGACUCCUCUCCUGCGUCUGUGACCUAUAAACUUCUAGAGUAUCCACAGGGUGGACAAAAUGAUAAAGCAUUUCAGGAUAUUUCCAUCAAUAUUGAAGAAGCAUUGGAUACCAAAAAACAGACCAGGGAUUAUCAUUUUUCAAUGAGUGGGAAAACUUAUGAAAAUCUGGAAAAACACUUUGUUGAAUUAUUACCGAAAUUACUAAUGAAUGGUACGGUUUUUGCAAGAAUGUCCCCUGGGCAGAAAUCGACUAUUAUAGAUGAGUUUAGAAAACUUGACUAUUAUGUGGGGAUGUGCGGAGAUGGAGCCAAUGACUGUGCUGCUCUAAAAAUGGCCAAUGCUGGGAUUUCAUUAUCCGUACAAGAGGCCUCUGUGGCUGCACCAUUUAAUUCUCUCCUCACAAAUAUUCAGUGUGUGCCAGAAUUACUCAAGGAAGGACGAGCUGCCCUUGUCACAUCUUUCUGCAUGUUUAAAUACAUGGCUAUGUUUGGAUUAAUUGAAUAUAUCAAUACAUUGCUGCUUUACUGGCAACGAAACAUCUUUGGGAAUAAUCAAUUUCUGGUCCAUGAUUUCGCAAUUAUGUUUGUAAUUUUCUUAACAAUGAGCUCUACACCUGCGUACCAUAAACUUGCACCGUACAGACCACCAGGCCAACUGAUUUCUCCAUCUAUGCUUUUUUCUGUGGUCUACAAUGUUCUGUUUACAAUAGCCAUGCAGACAUAUGCCUUUCUCAUAGUCCAGAAGCAGCCAUGGUACAGCCAUAAGGAUGUUUAUAGUGUCUGUUAUCCAGGGAACACAACCUUAAACACUGAACUUACAACUAACCUAAUCACAAAAAGAACUAAGAAGAAUUAUGAAAGUUUUGAGAACACAUCACUUUGGCUGCUUACUGCUUGUCACCUUGUGAUCUUGGCCUUCGUCUUCUCCAAGGGAAAACCAUUCCGUAAACCCUUGUAUACAAACUACAUAUUUGUGGCUACGCUAAUAGUAGAAUUUACCCUUACCUUGUUCUUCAUAUUUGCAAAUUUCAAGAACAUGUAUGUUGUUUUAGAGCUUCUCUGCACGCCAACCAGCUGGAGGAUUCACAUGUUAGUGAUGUUGAUUAUAUGUCUUGUUGUAUCAUUCGUGGUGGAGGAAUUUAUCCUGGAUAACAGAACUCUAUGGCUGGCUUUGAAAAGAUGUCUAAAGUUAAAACCUGGAAGUAAUUACAAAAAAUUAAGGGCAGUUUUGGAAGAGGACACCCAGUGGCCGCCCAUUGGAACUACAACCUAUGAAGAAAGCAAGGUGGCCAAUGGUGACUCUAAAGUUUACACUAAUCCUGCGUUUGAACAUGAAGAUGUUGUACCAAAUGGAAAAAAUGUAACCUAUGUGCAUCAUGGGGACUAGAAAAAGAAGAGAAGGACUUCUACCGCUACAAUUCACAAGCUAAUGAACAUUUUGCCUAAUGCACAUGUGCUUUACCCUAGCAUGUGUAACCUCCACCAUAUGCACAAGGGAAAAGCUAAAUGUUAUCAGUCAUACCUGUACCUGUAUGGAAGUGUGAUUAGUGUCCCUGCAUUUUUCAUAGCUUCCUUCUAUAUGUUUACUCACAAUGGUCUAUUCACAGUGGUCUAUUCACAAUGAUUUAUUCUAAUCCUGCGGUCUGUGCAAAAGGAGGGACAUAUUCACCAAUCCUGACAAUAGACCUUUGCAGAGCUGAACACAUAAAUAAAACUAAAAGCUAGUCAUACUUAAGAAUGGUAGUUUCCCAUUAAUUUGCAUAUUAUUUAUAGUACAUACAUUUUAUAAAA